AUGUCGCGACUAGCCUCCCUCUCUACCCCCUCUCGGUCUCGGUCCUCGCUAUCCCCUUCGCCUGGGCCAGCGACUGUGCCUGUCGUGGCUCUCCCGCCAAUAGAGACGACACAUCAUCGUAUGCUCAGGAUCGUGAUCAGCGAGAUCAAGAACCUGCUCAGGACGUGGGAUGAUCUGGUCGGAGUCGACGGGAUCAAGGCGAGCAAGGGGGUUAUUGAUGAGAGUACGACGAUGGACAACCUACUCCAAGUCGCCGAGACCGAGAGAACGUCCAUGUCGACUCAUCUCGUGAGACUGCACGAUCAGCGCGCAGCGAUGGAAGCGGUUCUGGCAAAGCUGGGAAGGCUCCUCGCUAAGCUAUCUCUGCUCGUGGACCAGGCGGAGAAGAUCUUCUUUGAGGCAUGCAGACUGCAAGGAGCAGCUUGGGUGGUCGAAGAGCCAUUAUGGUUAAGCUGGACACUGGAUCAUUUCGUGAACUCCAUUCCACCCCUCAUAUCCCUCCACAACGACCACCUCGCAUCCCUCACGUCCCUCUCCCGCAUCAUCCUCAACCCAGAUACGACCUUUGACGAUGCCAAACUUGCCCUCGAGCGCUGGCGCGACCUGUCUAUGGCUGGUACGAGACACCAGGGCGUACGAGAAUGGGAGGAGCUGGUAGACUUGGAGCUGUCUGCCGGCGGUGAGGAUAGCUCGGAAGAGGAAGAGGAGAAGGUGGUUAGUAGCGGGAGGAAGAAGAAGGGGCGGAAAUGA